UGCAUCUGGAGGCUAAAGGAGACAAGUGAACCCGUGAGGGGGGAAGUGGAGUUUCACACCGGAGGAAGGAAAGAAAAAGAAAAGGGGGAACAAAAAAGAGCUCAAAACCGCACAAAAUCAGGGGAGGGCGGUGGAUGAAGUGUUUUAGUUAAUCGAAUUUGAGACAAGAGACGAAACUUCAGAAGAAAGGAACCCAAAAUGAUAACGCCGUAUUUCCUGGAAAAUUUCUGGGGUGAAAGAAAUAAUGGAUUUGAUAUCCUCUACCAUAAUAUGAAACAUGGCCAGAUAUCCAGCAAGGAACUUGCAGACUUCAUUAGAGAAAGGGCUACAAUUGAGGAGACCUACUCCAGAGCAAUAACCAAACUGGCCAAGACUGCUAGCAAUUUCUCUCAAUUGGGGACAUUUGCACCAGUAUGGGAUGUGUUUAAGGUGUCAACAGAAAAGCUGUCUGUCUGUCAUAUGGACCUUGUGCGCAAAUUGCAAGAACUCAUCAAGGAGGUGCAGAAAUAUGCAGAGGAACAGACCAAAGCCCAUAAAAAGACUAAGGAGGAAGUGGCACCCACGCUGGAGGCUGUCCAAAACAUCCAAAGUGUAUCCCAAGCAUUACAAAAAAGUAAAGAAAACUACAACAGCAAGAUUCUGGAACAGGAACGCAUGCGCAAAGAGGGUUCCACUCAGAGAGACCUUGAUAAGGCUGGGCUGAAGGUAAAGAAAGCCAGAGAAACAUACAAGUCUUAUGUAGAGAAAUACGCCAGCACAAAGACUGAAUUUGAGCAAAAAAUGGAAGAUACAGCACAGAAGUUUCAGGACAUUGAAGAAAGCCAUAUUGUGCAAAUGAAGGAGAUUAUACGGUCAUAUUCUCACUUGAUUGAGGAUACACACACACAAAUUGGAGAGGUUCAGAAAGAGUUUGUGAUUAACAUGGAAAACACGUCUGUGGAAAGUCUAUUACAUAAACUCGCCGAGAACAAAGGGACCGGCAGAGAAAGGCCAGGACCCAUUGAGUUUGAAGAAUGCACUGUUUCUCUUACUACGGAAGGUGCCAAACCUCGAAAGAGAAAGACCUUUGCAAUUCCAGGACGAAGAAAAGACAAGGAUACAGAUUCCACUGAAUCUACAGAAGUUGAAACUACUAACACUGCCAAUGGAGCUCCCUCCGAUAACUAUGGACCUAUAGAUUUUCAAAACGCUAAUGUGCCUCAGGUUGAUGAAGAGGGCUUUUGUAUCAGACCGGAAUUCAAUGAAAAUGAUACCAAAGACAACUCAUCAUCCAGUGAUUCAGAUGAAGAAGAUGAGCGCAGGAAAUUUCAUGUGGAAAUCAAACCUGUGCAGCCCAACAGUGGCACACAGCAGCAAAAAGCCUCUAUCGACGAGCUGAAGGCUUCUAUUGGAAACAUAACUCUUUCCCCCUCUGCUACGAUCCACAUGAGGAGGAACCAGUCCAAUGAUGAGUUGGGAAGGUCCAGAACACAGCAAGCGUCAUAUACAGAUAGACUGACCAGCAAUGACCUGCUGUCUCUGGAUCCAUUUGGUCCCAAUCUCUCUGGUGCCCCUUCCUCUGUGUCUUCCUCUGCAGUUCCACCCUCUAACAGACCUACAACCCCUUUGGGCACAGCAGCUAUAGUUCCUCCUCCUCGACCCUCAUCGCGGCCUAAACUGCCUGCGGUCAAACUGAGUGGCAUCAAUGAGAUUGCACGUCCUUUCAGCCCUUCUGUGGCAACCAACUCUAGUCCUGCACCUCUAGCACGGGCCGAAAGCUCCUCCUCUCUGAGCUCUAAUGCCUCACUGAGCGCGAGUAACACUCCCACCAUCGAGGAUGAUGUGUUUGUGGCGAAACUGCCAACAUUUGAGAAGAGGUGUGAAACCCCUGCAGGGACAUCUCGUGGACCCAGCCCUGUCACGUUAGCAUCGCAGGAUUCACUUCCCAUUGCUGUUGCAUUCACAGAGUCAAUUAAUGCAUACUUCAAAGGAGCUGAUCCCAGCAAGUGCAUAGUGAAGAUCACAGGAGACAUGACGCUUUCCUUUCCCAGUGGUAUCAUUAAGAUCUUCACAUCCAGCCACUCUCCAGCUAUACUCAGCUUCAGACUCAGAAACACAAGCAAACUGGAGCAAAUACUACCAAACCAGCAUCUUCUACACAGUGAGACCAGCCAGAAUGACACUAACGCUAAAGAUUUCUGGAUGAAUAUGCCUGCACUGACGGCAUAUCUCAGAAAGGCUUCAGAACAGAACCCAACCUCUUCUUACUACAAUGUCGACAUCCUGAAGUACCAGGUGUCUUCUAAUGGGAUUCAGUCAACGCCACUAAACCUGGCAGUAUACUGGAAGUGUGCACAGAGCACUACAGACCUGCGGGUGGACUACCACUACAACCCUGAAGCCAUGCAGCCACCCGGACCACUCUGUAGCGUGCAGGUCCUCGUACCUGUCAGCGGUGGUGUCACCAACAUGCAUUCGCUCCCCAGUGCCAUCUGGAAUCCAGACCAAUGUAAGUUGUUAUGGAAGCUGAAUGACCUCUCUGAGAAGUCUGAAAAUGAAGGUUCUGGCUCUAUGAGGGCAAAGUUUGAGCUCUCAGAUGGCCCCUCAAUUCCAGCCACUCUGGCUGUUCAGUUCUUUUCUGAGGGUAGUACUACCUCUGGAGUAGAUAUGGACCUGGUCGGAUCCGGAUAUCGACUCUCUCUCAAUAAAAAGAGAUUAGUAUCUGGGCGUUAUAUGGCAGACUGCUGAGAUGUCAAAGAUGAGGCACAUUCGAUCCAUCUGCUGAAAAAUAAAAGGACUACUUUUCAUUGGCAUCUUCUCACUGCACAGCAGAGGUUAAUGGAAGGUGAAACAAACGGAUUGUUACCCUGAUGGCUCCUCUUAUGCAUUUAUUCUAAUCAUUUUGAACUAUACUUCCAUCCAACUAAAUGUACCUUUUUGGGGAAGAAAGAACUUUUUACUACAUUUUUAUUACUGUAGCACUGAAAAUCAAACACUGUCAGAAAAAGAAAAAAAAACUAAUAAAGAAAGCCAAUAAGGAAUGUCUGAAUACUGAAAAAUUAUAAAAUCGAAACUAAUAAUUUGAUAUUUUUUGAUUUAUUUUGACUUCUUUAGAAGGUUUGCUUUCAUGUAUAGAUAAAUUGUAAUAUGACAAUACGACACAUAAAAAAUAUUCAGUGUAAAACAAAAUGAAAAGGAAAAAUAUAUCUGCACUAACAAUCUUCCAGGCCAUUUAUAUAGACAUUAACCUCUUAGAUGUUUAGUUUCUUUUCUGAACAUAACUUUGAACAUAAAAAUUGUCAAUGAGGGAAAAAAUGCCUCAGGAAUGUGAACAUUUUGUGGUUCUGUCCUAAAAGUUACUCUUCCAUGACAGGCCAGAGGUCCUUGAAUAAAAUCCAUGUAGCAUUAUUUAUUGUUCUCUAGGAUUCUACCAAACUUCACAGCUGUGGAUGUACAUUUAAAAAACAAGCCCGUUAGGUGGCUGCGAUUUUCGAUUCCUCACAGUAAAUGAAGGUAUAAGCUAUUAAAUCAAUUAUGUGAUUUAUGUUGAGUUUUUAAAUUCAGUGAUAAGAAUUCUCGUCCGUUUUGGAGUAAUUUCAAAAAAAAAAAAAAAAAAAAAAAAGAAAACCAAAACCUUGGAAAACUGCCCUUAGUGCCUAUUUUCUAACAAACUUGAUUUCUAUUAUUACAAGCUUAUCUUUGUUGCUAAUUCUGUUUUAUGUAUUUUACUGGGACAUUAAAGGGAAAAUACACAUAAAUGACAGCUAUAUAUGAAUUAUUGGUAAUUCUUUAAAAGAAAAGAAAAACAAAUCAAUGGUAAUAUGUGUUCUGAAUAUGUAGCCCCUUAAAUAUGAUUCCAGCUUAAAAGGUGACAGAUCUAAAACAUUAAACUUUGUAAAUUUUAUGAUGGUUUCAAUCUCCCCACACAUGUUGAUGUUUAGUUUUGAAUUCUUAUCAUCUUUUUGGACCUUGCGUGUUAAUAUUCUAUAAUACACAGUAUAUGCUGUCUUGCCCUUAAAAUACAGAUUUGAUCAUCUAAUGCUUCUUUAACCAGCCAUGUUUCUUACUAAUAUUCAUCUAUGGAUUUUUGCUGUAGUUGAGUAGUCCUACGUGCAAUGAAUUACUGAAUCACUGGGAUUACCCAAAUAUUCCAACAUACACAAAAGCACUGAGAAAUUAUAAUGGAAAUGAGAUUGAAUUCACCCCAUCUCCAAUUUCUUUUCUAAUGUUUCCUAGACACAGGGCAGGCUGCCAUAACUGUUUAAAUAACCUACCAUUUAAAAUUGCUAAACAGAUCCAAAGUGCUUUAAGGGGCUGUACAGUGUUUGUUUUGUUUACUAUUAUUUUUUGAUAGCGGCUCUGUGCCUUAUAUUCUCUGCUUAAGGGUCAGUUGUUUAAAGGGCUAUUUUAACCAGUGGGAAAAUGGAGAUAAAUAGACCCUAAAUAAUACAAAGGAAUGUUUGAUAUGUACUAAAAAUUUAAAUGUGUAAUGUUGAAAUGUGUAACAUUCUAGGGAAGUUUUAGUCUUUUUAACAGCAAUAUCUUUUUACAAAAGAUAAUUUUUAAUGAUGUAACUAGACAGAAUUAUAAAAAAUCCUAAUCUUUACUGUUUUAUUGGAAAUGAUAAAGAUGUAUGUAACUGUAUUGAAAAAUAAUAAAAUGGCAUUGGGCAUUUCAUGUGGAGGCAGAUAUUAACCAGUGGACAUUAGGGUCAAAACUGAAUUGUGUGACACUUUUUUCUGUCCAGUACUACGACAUAAAUAUCUGAUUUUGUGUUUUAGCAAGCUGGUUCUUGCUGCCUCUAUAGUCAUCAGAUAAAUGUGUGAAGGCAUUUUGGAGCUAUCUUGUCUCUUGCUCCGUUUUGGUCUCAAGCUCAUGGAUGUGUUAAAUGAUCUGUGUAAAUGUUUUUCUGAACAUUUUUACAAAUUUACCACUUUGUUUUCUCAUGAUUUUAUUGUCUGAAAUAAAUGUGUAAUAUAUAAAUCUAUACAAAUAUAAAAACUAUAUACAUAAUUAAA